UUUCUCAAAGACAACAAAGCUUGAUAACAUAUCUACAAACAUGGAUAACAAAAAACAAACACGUUCUUCUUCAUCAUCAACCAAGAAAUUCGAUCAACUUUUCGGCCCGAAAGAGGCUUCGCCGACUUCUUCUUCCUCCGUCUUUGGCUCCAUUUUUCCUCCACCACCACCGUCCUAUGUUGAGGGAAGAGGAUCAAGAGCACAAGAAGUGGGAAGCAAAAUUCUUGGAACACCUGGAACUUCCAAUAGUAACAAAAAUACCAGUAGCAAUUAUCAGAAUGUGACAGGAGAACCUAGCUACUUCAGUUCUUCAAUCCACUAUGGUGGCCAAGAAAAUUAUUCCUCACGAAACAGGACCACUGAAUCCCACCAUGUUAAAGAUAAGAAUCAUGGUGAUCUCAAUGGCAGCAAUUCAAACAGUGCCUCAAGAGGGGACUGGUGGGAAGGUUCCCUUUAUUACUAAAUCAUUGUGGCAUGGUGUGAAAACUUAGCACCUUGCAGGAUGAAGAUCAACCAUAUAAGCUAGAGUGUGCUCUAAUUAGUUCUAAGUUUAAAGAAAGAAAUAAAUAAAUAUGUUAUAAUCGUAUGAGUUAGUAUCCUUAAUUUCAUCCAAUAGUUGGGUCUUUUUUUUCCUAAUAUCGGGUAUAAUUAACUAAAGUGUUAAAGUAGUUUGGGGCCUAAACUACUUGUGGUUUGUAGUUUUUUUUUAUAUAAAUAAAGGUUUUAUUUU